CUCUCUAAUGGGUAUCAGUCUGCUGAAAACUUUGCAAAGAUGAGUGUGCAUACGAUAGGACUUGGGGGAGUGGGUGUGCCCACAGAACCUACUGAAGAAGAUCAAUCCAUCCUUGACCAGGUGAAGGAACAGUAUAAGGCGCAGUCCGGGACGAACCCCGGGAAAUUUAAGGCGAUCCUCGUCCGCACUCAGUCUGUUGCCGGAACAAAUUACUUUUUCAAGGUGGACACCGGAGAGGACACUUAUAUCCACGCCCGAGUCUUCGUACCUCUGCCUGGUUCAGAGGAGGGACCCACUUUGUCGUCUUUCCAGGCGAAUAAGACCAAGGAUGAUGAGCUGGAGUAUUUCUAAGAUGGAGAUGACUACAACAGAGAAUGAACAUGAAGAAUCCUCCUAAAUCUUCCCCAGUUCACCUUUCAGUCGGCACAAUUCUAAUUAAUGCAAGACCAAGUGUACAUUUCUGCAAUACAUGUUUUCUCUUUAGCCUCUACCCUCUGAUGUAAUGCUCAGGAGUCUGUAUGGGGGAUGAACCUGAACGCUGGCUGUAUGUAUACAUGUCAGCUGGCUCUGCGCAGAUCCUUUUCUAAGCACAGUGACCGAGCUGUCACCAUUGUACCUGGUGGGCAGGGCUUGUGAUCAUGUGCUCACUGCAAUAGCCAAUUAAAGUAGUCAUAUGAUCAGGAGCUCCACCUAUCUUUCAAAACACCUUAAAGGGCCAGCAACAAGAAGUGAGAAUGAGGAAAGGGGUGGUGGGACUUUAAAUGAAGCACAUAGGUAUACAAAAUGUAUUUAUUAAUGAUAACAAUAAUAGUAAUCAUGAUGCAUAAUGGAACUCGAUACAGUUCAAUAUCAAUAUAUAUAUAAAUUUAUACACACACAAAUUGCAAAUCAUAACAUAAAAAAUAGAGAGUUGAUAUUGCAUAAUGCACGUAUGAAGAGUAUGGUAAGUGGAGACACGGCAUUGAACAUCUCAACGCGUUUCAUGGAUUGAUCCAAUCUUCGAUUCGGCACUGCGUCGCUUUAACAGACAAUUGCGCGGUCGUGCGACGUGGCUCCCAAACAAAAUUG